AAGGCCUCACGAUCAACAUCCAUUUCGAUUCGACUAGCCAGUCAAACUCAUUAUUCAUCUCAAGAGAUAGCCGACGGCUUCAUUUUGUAUUACAUCUUGUUUUACUUUUGAAAAAAGCCCCCUGAUCGAGUCUGCCACAUUCAAGUUAUCAUUCCAUUCAACCCUGCUUCAAAACAACACAAGCAAGACAGGCAAGACGAUAAAACGAGAUAUACGGUUUCUUUUUACAUCCCCGAUCUCAAAAUGAGUUAUUUUCGCAUCACCCUCGUCCGCUCCGCAAUCGGUCUCCCCCGCCGAACCACCGACGUGCUCAAAGCCCUCGGCCUGAAGAAACGCAUGGCCACCGUCUUCCACGCCGUCUCCCCCUCUGUCGCCGGUCAGAUCAUGAAAGUCAAGGAGCUCGUCGAAGUGCGGGAGGUUGAGAGGCGUCUAACGAAACAGGAGGUGCAUCUGGAACGGAAGCCGGACCCGGGAUAUUACGUUGAGAAGGUCGGGAGGUCGGAGUUUGACGAGAGCAGGAGGGUAUAGGGUACAAAAGGCUGUCAUCCAUUUCAAUUCGAUUCAACCAAACCAAUCAAUCAGAUGGCUUAGCGAUGCAUAUUUUUUUUUUUUUUUUUUUUGGAUUUCUGGGGUUUGUU